CCUCGUCGCGACUGGUUUUAGUUCUCAUGCUAUCCCUCUCUAAUCCAUGGCGACGCUGCCACCACACUGCUACCACAGCCCCUCUCACCACCACAAAUUUUCAUAUCCCGCCGAUUUGACUGGUCGGAGCGUGGAUUCCACUUUUCCUAAAACCCUCAUCAUUUGCAAGAAUUCGAAGAACGAGUCGGCAUUCGAAGAGACAAAGCAAGUUUUAGUGGACUACGACAAUGGCAAGCAUGAAGUUCGGACCCUCGUUAACGGGCUCAGAAAACUCGAUAUUCCCAGGCGGUACCAGCUUCGAGUUGGGGGCGAACGAUUCCAGAAGGACUGGACGGUCACUGAGGUCGUACAGAGGAUUCUGAAGCUACAACGCCAUGGUGAUGUCGAGGCUUUGUUGAAUUGUUGGGUUGGACGGUUUGCUCGGAAGAAUUAUCCUGCUCUUAUGAAGGAGUUGACUCAAAAUGGAUCUAUUGAACACUGCGUCCAAGUAUUUGAUUGGAUGAAGAACCAAAAGAAUUAUUGUGCCCGUAACGAUAUUUACAAUAUGAUGAUAAGGUUGCAUGCCAGACAUAACCGAAUAGAUCAAGCUCGUGGUUUGUUUUUUGAAAUGCAAAAAUGGAGAUGCAAACCUGAUGCCGAGACCUACAAUUCCCUAAUCAAUGCACAUGGUAGAGCAGGCCAAUGGCGUUGGGCGAUGAAUAUAAUGGAGGACAUGCUACGUGCUGCUAACUAGGAAUACGAACUUUCAAGAUCAACACCUCAGGAACUAUAGAGUUUUAUACUCGUACCACUAUGUUCGGCUCUAGGAUUUAUACCGA